AUGAUCCUGUCCUCAUCUUUCUUGGAUUACUGCAGCUACUACCUGAUCAGGUUCAACAAGCAGCCGCAGUUCCUCCGCCAGGUGGAGGAGAAGCCAGCUCUCCGCCGCCCGCCCACCAGAAAGGGCCGCCCUCAAGAGGACAAGAGGGCGGUGUUCCUGGAGCCCUGUGGAGAGAAGGAGGCGGACUUGCCUUCUACAUUUACUGUCACCAAGUUGACUAGGGAAGUAAAUCAAGAAACGAACAUACCUGCGGUAGAAAGAAAAUCUCUGGCGGCCUUCAUGUCAAACGUGUCGCCUGACAAAAAGCAGUUGGUGGAGAUGUUGUACCAGGACAUCGUCAGGCCUUCGGGCGUCGCCUGGGACGACAUCAAGGGGCUGGCCUCGGCUAAGAGCUUGCUUGUGGAGUCCGUCGUCUAUCCUGUAAGGUAUCCAGAAGUGUUCACCGGUCUUCUGGAGCCGUGGCGAGGGGUGCUGCUUCACGGGCCCCCGGGCACUGGGAAGACGAUGCUGGCGCGUGCGGUGGCCUGCGAGAGCUGCUGCACCUUCUUCAACGUGUCCUGCAGCACCAUCGUCAACAAGUGGCGGGGGGAGUCCGAGAAGCUGGUCAAGGUGCUCUUCGAGAUGGCCUCCUACUACUCCCCGUCAAUCAUCUUCGUGGAUGAAGUGGAGACGAUAGCCUCCGACCGGUCCGCGCCGGGGGAGCACGAGGCCUCCCGUCGAUUGAAGGUUCAACUCUUGACUGAGCUGGACGGCAUCAGUGCGAGAGAAGGAGUGGUGUUUCUGCUGGCAAACUCGAACAUGCCGUGGGAGAUCGAUCCAGCUAUGCUAAGAAGACUGGAAAAACGCAUCUACAUACCGCUGCCCGACUUCAAAACGCGCGCCGAACUGUUCGAGAAGUUCCUCGACUCGAAGAGCAUAGAACUGUACCCGAAGGUGGACUUCCAGGAACUGGCUGCGAAGACUGAGGGGUAUUCUGGAAGCGACAUCAAGCUGGUGUGCAAGGAGGCCUUAAUGUCCACUGUGCGGAAGAUGCUGCCAAGUAUGGUGUUCAAAGGUUCCCAAGUCAAUCGCAAGGACAGACUGAACUUGUCCGAUAUUUUGACAGCCAUAGAGAAGACCAAGCCGGUCUCCAAGAACUUGGCCAAGAGACACGAGGCCUGGCAGAGUGAGAUGGGCUGCUCCUAGCGAUGGAAGAAGUGAAAGCGGUAUUUUAGAUUCCAUUUACUAUUACCAACUCAUUUAUUUGAGGCGGAAAAUUUUAUCAUACCCUAUCGUCCCGUCCGAUUAGGUAUUUGCUUCCUAGCUCAAGGAUAUUAAUUAGAAAUAAAUAAUAUUUCUUCUCCCCAAUCCUUCUGGCCAUCCUGGACACGUAGUGUUGGCCAAAUCUAUUUGCAACUGGAAGUUAGAGAGGGUCGUGCUCCUACGUCCUACAGUGAAGAUUGAUUGACCAAAUGAUGAUUAUAAUUUUCCAUAACCUAAGUAUGAGACAUUGGAUUUUGAUUAAAGGUAGUCUAGGCUCAGCUACGACGAGUAAUCCCCAAUAAAAAAAAACUAAAAACGGACGCUACACUGUCUGUAGACCAUUGGUUCCCAAACUUAUUUGAGACGCGCCCCCUUUCGACCAUACAAAAAAUUCCGU